GGAUUUGUAGUUGAGCCUUAUCCAGAUCCACACGCUGGCCAAAAGAUUUCACACAAUUCAGUUGACCACACUGGUAAUGUGGCAUACAGGGCACAUCUUGCAGAUGAUGAGAACAUAUACUAUCCUUUUGCUUCCAAGAUUGAAUGGGAGGUUGCAAGAUGGGCAAAGCUUCAUGGAGCGAGUUCAACAGCAUUUUCAGACUUGCUAUCCAUUGACGGAGUUGGUGAGCACCUAGGGUUAUCAUUCAAGAAUGCAAAUGAACUGGACAAGAUUAUCGACCAUGAACUUCUGACUGGAUGCCCAAAAUUCAAACAAGAACAAAUUGUUGUUGCAGGAGAAUCUUUUGAUGUCUAUCACCAUGACAUCAUUGAAUGUAUCAAGUCAUUGUAUGGUGAUCCUGACUUCGCAAGAUACCUUACAUUUACUCCUGAGCACCAUUACGCUGAUGAAGAUCAGACCAUUCGUCUGUUACAUGACAUGAAUACUGGGAAAUGGUGGUGGAACACACAGAAAAAACUCAAUCAGCAAUGUCCAGGUGGAACCAUCAUUCCGAUUAGCAUCUCAACAGACAAAACACAAGUCACAUUGUUUCACAAUAAGACCCCAUACCCUGUAUAUCUCACAAUCGGUACUCUA